AUGCCUUUGAUGCACACGUCCAAUCCAGCAAUGCAGCAGUAUUCCAAUGCUGACCAACUAUCCGAACCCAUUCAGAACAAUAUGUUCCAACUGAGCGGAUUCCAUCGAAACAUCAAUAGAGCCAUAAAUAAUCAAGCACCGGAUAUGCUCAUUUUUGGUGGAGUGUGUCGACAAUGGCGAAGAGUGACGAUGUUGCAUUCCUUUUGGACUGAGUUGGCAUGGCAUCGACUGCUUCCUCGUCGUCCAUUACACAAACCAGCACGAGAUAUUUCACAGUUUCUGGAAUGCAUGGCAGCAGAACCAUCUAGAUUGGUCCGUAUUCGACACAUUCAUCUUGAUUUGCUUUGUUGGCAUCAUAUUUUAGAAUCAUCCCGACUCUCGUCUAUCCUACAUCGAAUCCACUGUCCACAUCGAGUGCAUACCGUUGUCUUGAGAAUGCGGUGGGAUGCCAAUGGUGAUCCCAAUCUUAUCAAAACCAUCUCGAAACGGUUUUCUCACUGUAAUAGACUUUAUAUACAAGGAGGUCAAGGCUAUAUCCGAGGUAGUCAACACAUGCAUAAGUUUAAUCUCAACCCUACUGGUGGUGCGCUAUAUGGACUCGACAACAAAGCUGCACGUAUGAUUGCCAGAUCCAUGACCCAUCUUACACAUCUUUUUCUCGAUGGAUUUGGCGAAAAUAGUUUCUCAUGGAGUGGAUUUGUACGAGUUCUUGAAGCCAACCAAGCAAUUACUUCGUUAUCUGUAGGGAUUGUGCGGAAUGGUAUACAUUUGAACGACAUUGCACGGAUCUUGCCUAAACUCAAGCAGCUUUCUGUGCAAUUUCAUGUGAAGUUGCCUGGAUCGUCGUCGUUUGUAAUGAAUAAUGAGCAAGGGCCGUUGGGACUGCAUUUGGAUUUUAUUGCACAUACAAAUAGAAAGUGUGUGCCGCACCUGUAUGGAGAUCUGAAUGGAUUCCAAUCUCUCGAGUGUCUUGCAUUUCAUGAUACGAAUGGAUCCGAAGAAAUGUCAUCAUCAAUCAUUACUCGACUAUUGGAUACUCUUCCAAAUGGAAAAAUGAUACCUCCUAAAAUGGCACACUGUCGUCAAUCAUCUUCGCUGCGAUUGUUACUUGGCUAA